AUGAUUGUUCGUCAUAAUCGGCGUAAAUUGGUAGUGCGACAUGAGGAACCGCAGUAUUCGCAGUUGAACUGCCAAGGAGCACGUCCAUUUACAUUGUUUAAAUCAGUUUAUACAAAUAACACUGAUCGACCACAAGAAUAUUCGUUCAAAACUGAGCGCACCACGGAAAGUUUAUGUUGCGUGAUGCGUGAGCAAGGUUAUAUGAUCGGUGGUGAAGCUGAAUUGACACUAAAAACACCAUGUGAAAUAGCCGAAUUGAAAGCAGGCUUUAAGCGUGAAAUGAAUUUCAACAAUGUCAAUGAAAAUGCGAAAUCAGAAGUGAUGUCAUGGUCUGUUGAUAGUACCGUUGUGGUACCACCUCACUACAAAACAGAAGCUUCAAUUGUUAUUGAAGAAAUGAAUUAUCAUGGUACAUACAGUGUUGUUUCGGUGCUGUCCGGUUUAGUGACCAUAUCGAUCAGGAGGAGGAAAGAUGGUGCUUUGGUAUUACCUUUAACGAUGAAUAUAGUCGAAAUAUUCCGGGAUCAUCUGGAAUCACGACAUGUCAGGAAAGAAAUUAAAGCAGCUGCUAUGAUUGAAAAUGCGCAAUUUGUACGAUUAAUAUCCAAAGGCACCUGCUCGUUUCAGUUUGCGCUGAAGCAGCGAAUCGAUCUCAAAGAAGAACCAUUUGGUGAUAAAGAGAAAAUGAUGGUUGAUUAA